UGUGCACAGCCACAGGUGGGAUUUGCCCCUUCUCAGAGGUGUCCCAGCGUGUUGGGGACCUAGCUGGGGACACCCAGGGCCACCCAGGGGUGAGGCAGAGGGGGCUGGGCAGCUCCUGGAGCCGGGGCUGGCUGCAAGGCUGGGAGUGACAAGUGACAGUCCCCACCGUGUCCCCUCCAGCGGUCCCUGCGGGUCCCAUCCAAGGGGAGGGCGGGGGUUUCCCGCAGGGAGGAUCCGCCCGGGGGCUGCUCCAAGAUGCACAGGACCACCCGGAUAAAGAUCACGGAGCUGAACCCACACCUGAUGUGCGCCCUCUGCGGCGGCUACUUCAUCGACGCCACCACCAUCGUGGAGUGCCUGCACUCCUUCUGUAAAACCUGCAUUGUUCGUUACCUGGAGACGAACAAGUACUGCCCCAUGUGCGACGUGCAGGUGCACAAAACCCGGCCCCUGCUCAGCAUCCGGUCAGACAAAACUCUCCAGGACAUCGUGUACAAGCUGGUGCCGGGGCUUUUCAAAGAUGAGAUGAAGAGGAGGCGCGACUUCUACGCUGCGUACCCGGUGGCCGAGGUUCCCCUGGGCUCGCAGGAGGAGCGUGGCGAGGUGGCCGAGCGGGACCAGGGCACGGGGCCCGAGGACGAGAUCGUCAGUCUGUCCAUCGAGUUCCACCGGGACUGCAGGGAGGACCAGAAAGGCGCCGUGGAGAAUGGGGACCUGGACAAGGACAAGGCGCCACCGUGCCCGCCGAGCCCCGGGCUGCGGUUCCUGCGCUGCCCCGCGGCCAUGACCGUGCUGCACCUGGCCAAGUUCCUGCGCAACAAGAUGGACGUGCCCAGCAAGUACCGGGUGGAGGUGCUGUAUGAGGACGAGCCCCUGAAGGAAUAUUACACCCUGAUGGACAUCGCCUACAUCUACCCCUGGAGGAGGACCGGUCCCCUGGCCCUCAAGUACCGCGUGCAGCCCUCCUGCAAGCGGCUCAAGCUGUGCCCGCUGCUGCCCUCCGAGGGCACCAACACCAGCGGCGCCUCCGAGUGCGAGUCGGGCAGCGACAAAGCACAGAGCCCCGGGCUGGCAUCGCCCCCCGCCCUGCCCGGCCCCGGCCACGGCCCCCCCGGGCCCGCCCUCAACGGCUCGGCCUCGAACUGUCACCCGCUGCCACCCGGCUGCCACCCGCUGCCACCUGCCCGCGGCCGCAAAACCGCCCUGAACGGCAGCACGGGCUCGGCCCUGAGCUAAAAACCUCCGGGGGCUGCUGGAAACCCUCCUGGGACUCUGAAAAAUCCUCCUGGGACUCCGGGAAAUCCUCCUGGUACUCCAAAAAAUCCUCCUGGGACUCCGGAAAAUCUUCCCGGGAUUCCAAAAAAUCUUCCUGGGACUCUGGAAAGUCAUCCUGGGGCUCUGAAAAGUCAUCCUGGGGCUCAGAAAAUCCUCCUGGGACUCCAAAAAUCUUCCUGGGAGUCCUACAACCCCUCCAGGGACUCCGAAAAACCCUGCAGGGACUGCUAAAAGUCCUCCUGGAACUGCUAAAAAUCCUCCUGGAAAUGCUGCAGACCCUCCAGGGACUGCUCAAAACCCCCCAGGGAUUCCUAAAAAUUCUUUAGGAAUUUGUGAAAAUCUUUCAGGAAUUCCUACAGAACCUCUUGGGAUCCUGCAGAC